GGCUCCAGCUCAACUCUACUCCUCUGCUCCGCUCCGCACUGCUCUGCGCUGGUCCACUCUGCCCUGCGUCCACUCUUCCACCUCCCUGCCCUGCUGCUGCUCUUCGGGUGUCCCUUGCGCUGCCCGGUUGCCCGUGUGCACCCUCUUCCUCCUCCUCCUCCUCCUCCUCCUCCUCCUCCACAGCGCCUCCUCCAGCUGCUCCUCUUCAUCCUCUCCAUCCUCUCCUCCUUCUCCCCCCCCCCCCUGCCCGCCCUCAAUCAAGCGUGGGCUGUGCUGCCGGCGAUGGGGCUGCGAGCGCGACCGGUGACCGGCUGCCUGUGGUGCCUCUGGUGCUGCCUGCUGUGGCUGGACCGUCCGGGGGGAGCUCGGGCAGCCGUGCCCCUGGAGGACUUCUACCCCUUCGGGCAGGACGAGGGCGACACGCAGACGGUGGCCCAGGACGACGGAGGCUCCGGGCUGCAGGAGAUCUCGGUGGCGUUCCCUUUCUUUGGCGACCGGCACAUGGGACUCUAUGUCAACAACAACGGGCUAGUGUCCUUUCUCAGGGAGGUGUCCCAGUUCACUCCGGUCGCCUUCCCCAUCGCCGGAGACCGCCGCGUGGUGGCGCCCUUCUGGGCGGACGUGGACAACCGGCGUGCAGGGAUGGUGUUCUACCGCGAGAGCAAGGACCCUGCCAUCCUGAAGCGUGCCACUGAUGACAUCAGGGGCUACUUCCCAGAGUUCCCAGAGUUCAUGACCUCCUGGGUUCUCAUUGCCACCUGGCAUGAGGUCACCUUCUUUGGAGGAAGUGCUAUUACCCCGGUGAACACCUUCCAGGUGGUCCUCAUCACUGAUGGAGAGCUGUCCUUCACCAUCUUCCAGUACCACAACAUCACCUGGACCACUGGCAUGCAUGCCAGCAGCGGGGGCGACCUGGCCGGCCUGGGGGGCAUCGCCGCACAGGCAGGUUUUAACGCCGGCGACGGCAAGCGCUAUUUCAACAUUCCGGGCUCGCGCACCGACGACGUGGUCGAGGUGGAGGACACCACCAACGUGGGCUACCCGGGCCGCUGGGUGUUCCGCAUCGACAAUGCCCAUGUGCAGGUGGGCAGCUGCAAUGACUCAGCCUCCGUUUGCCCUCAUCUUCGCCCGUGUCUGAAUGGUGGCCGCUGCAUUGACGACUGCAUUAAGGGGAACCCCUCGUUCACCUGCUCCUGCCUGGCCGGCUUCACGGGGCGCCGCUGCCAGAUAGAGGUGGAUGAAUGUGCCUCGUACCCCUGCCAGAACGGAGGCACCUGCAUAGACAGCGUCAACAGCUUCACAUGCCUCUGUCCAGCUGGAUUCACAGGCUCGCUGUGUGAGACAGACAUUGACGAGUGCCAGAGUGAUCCAUGCCUCAACGGAGCAGACUGCGUCCAAGGCGUGGACAAGUUCACCUGUGUGUGUGUCCCAGGCUACACAGGGCCCCUGUGUGAAACAGAUAUAAAUGACUGUGAGCCCAUGCCAUGUCUGAAUGGAGGUGGAUGCACAGACCUGGUUAACAACUAUACCUGCACCUGCACUACUGGCUUCAUUGGCAGACACUGUGAGACAGAACUGAUGGUGGUGGCCCCAACCAAUGCCAGUGCGGAGGCAGAGAACCAAACAGUGUCCUGCGAGGGGGAGGACUGCCAGAAGGUUUGUGAGUACAUCAGCCCCGGGAACUACAACUGCACGUGCAGAGCUGGAUACUAUGGCGACGACUGCGAAGAGGAAUGCCUUUGCCAGAACGGAGGGGUGUGUGUGGACAUGAAUGGCACCUGUGAGUGUCCCACUGGCUACGCCGGGCUCUUCUGUCAGUUUGAGUUUACGCAGACCCCCUGCAGUAACAGUCGGCCCUGCCCCCACGGGGGGCCCUGCCUGGAGUACGGAGGGACCUACCUGUGCACCUGCCAGACCGGAGGAAUGGACCUCGACCACAAGGACUUCUAUCCCUAUGUACAGCCCCAAUCGGCCUGUGACUCGUCGCCGUGUCAGAAUGGAGGCUACUGCUAUGAACAAGAUGGUGGAUACACCUGUGAGUGCAAGCACGGAUACAGAGGGAAACACUGUGAGAAAGUCAGGUUAAGUGCGUGUGCCUCGUCCCCUUGCCGUAAUGGGGGCUCGUGUAAGGAGGAGGGGGGGAACUACCGCUGUGUGUGUCCGUACAGAUUUACUGGCAAACACUGUGAAGUGGGGAAGCCUGACCCCUGUGUGUCCAGCCCGUGCCUGAAUGGAGGCACGUGUUUCCACUACAUCGGCAAGUACAAGUGUGAGUGCACCGCCGACUACAGCGGACGCCACUGCGAGAUCAGCCUUGGCUCCACCAGCGGACUCGAUGGGGUGGACUGUGGGCCACCUGCUAAGGUGAAGCACGCUGAUGUGAAGUACUCCUCCACUCUCGCCGGUGCCAUAGCGAUGUAUGUGUGCCAUCCAGGAUACACCCCUGUACCCCGCGCUACACAGAGCAUCUGUGGUAGUCAGGGAGCUUGGAGCCAGCCCCCCAUCUGUGAGGAGAUAAACGAGUGUCUAUCGCAGCCGUGCCUGAAUGGGGGGACAUGCAGGGACAGAGUGGCCUCCUUCCUGUGUGAGUGCGAGGAGGGCUUCAGUGGGCCGCGCUGCCAAACCGAUGUGGAUGAGUGUCUCUCGGAGCCCUGUAAGUAUGGUGGUACAUGUGAGGACCAGCCUGGCUCCUACCUCUGCCACUGCCCACGGGGGCACACUGGACAGGACUGUGAGAUAGAACAGGACGGGUGUGUACCUAACCCAUGCCUGAAUGGAGGAGUGUGUCGAGUCUACAGGCGGUCCCAACGCUGUGUUUGCAAGGAAGGCUUCUUUGGCGACCGCUGCCAAAUGUUGGAGAAUCCAUGUGCACUGCAGCCUUGUGGGAACAGGGGCCACUGCCGCAAUGACAGAAGGGGGAACUAUAGCUGCAUCUGCAAAGUGGGACAUACAGGCAGAGACUGCGAGAAAGACCUGCUGCCUCCAUCUGGUCUGCGUGUGUUGCGGGUGGAGGAGGACGAGGUGGAGCUGCGCUGGGACCAGCUGGACACGUCCGCAGACAGCCCCUUGAGCGGCUUCGCCGUGACCUACGCGCCGCUGGGCCGCGGGCCGCGCCGGAGUGACUUCCUGGAGAGGCAGCACUCCAGCUACCUGCUGCAGGGCCUGGAGCCCGGCCUGCUCUACAACAUCUCCACCUUCUCCGUGCACCGUGGUGCCAACAACAACGACAUCAGCCAGCCCGCCUUCGCUCUCAUACGCACACGGCCACGGAAGGCAGAGCAGCUGCAGGUGGUGAACGUCUCAGCCUCUCAGGUGUGGCUGCGCUGGCUGCUGCAGGCAGCUCAGGUCAGUCAGGUGCGCCUCUCCCUCAGCCCCUCCGACGGCACUGGAACCCGCACAGCUAUCCUCAACAGCAGCGUCACAGAGUAUGGCUUUAGUUCCCUGCUUCCAGGCCAGAUGUACACAGUGGAUGUGGUUACUCAGAGUGGUGUAAGACCUGAGGAGCUUCCAUCAACAAGCCACUCUGCUGGACCACUGCUCGUUUGGACAAGGCCUCUUCCACCCCAGAACCUCUCACUGGGUCAUGUGACCCCCACUACAGCACAGGUCACAUGGGACCGGCACCCCCGGAGUAUUCCGGACGGUUUCGUGGUGAACGUGACCCGCGGCCUGAACACGAGAAGCCGGUACUUGCCCGACGGGAGACUGGGCAGCUACAUGAUCAGAGAGCUCACCCCAGGCCAGCACUACAGACUGGCCCUGACCGCCGUCCGAAACACUGGAGAGGAACACGUUCACAGCCUGCCCCAGCACCUGGCCUUUACCACCUUGCCUCUUGAUGAGCGGUGGACAAGGAGAGAGAGGCUGACGGAGACCACCGGAGGCCGCCCCACUGUCCGGCACAAACCUCAAGACGUGGGCGUGACAGAGGACAGGGAACACUCAGAGGAGCUGCCCAGGUACACAGAGCUGAUUGAUGGAAGGGGGAGGAUAAUGGCCAAGUUCACCAACCAGCAAAGGAACACGAUCAGACACCGCCCCAGACCGGAGACUCCCGUCAAACUGGAGAAAAUGGAGGAAACCACCAAUAAAAUCAGCCUGGCCUUGGAGAUCGCUGAGGAGACGACCAAAAAGAAUGCUGAGCUGUCCAGGGACUGCCGGAGCAGCCUGCCCUGUCAGAACGGGGGGACGUGCGUCAAGGGCGGCGACAGCUACAACUGCGACUGCGCAACGGGCUUCAAGGGCAGACAGUGCGAGCUGUUCUGCCAGAGAGUGCCACACCCAUGCACCCGUCUCUACUCGGAGACAAAGAGCGUGCCCGUCUGGGAAGAUGGAGUCUGCCAUUACCUGUACAAGAGAACAUAUAAAGUGCAGCAAGAUGUUUGUUACAGAGAGAUUUGUGAGCCUCAACUGCCAAAGAAAACAAACAGAAGAACUCAGAGGCAACAAUAGUGGGAGAUUCUUCCUGCUCAGAUCCAGAGAUUUCUGGGUUCUCCAUCCGUAGCCCCCACCUAUGGUUUCCUCUCCAAUUGCUUUGACUCGUGUGAGGAAUCCUAUCAGGCCUCUGGACACCUGAAUUCUCAGACAACGAUGGGUAGCCCUAGCAAUGCCAAAAAAACGUUUUUUCAGACUACACUGAUACGGAGUCCACACAAGGGGUAGAACUAAAACUCUGAUGAUGAGCGAACACUUCACAAGUUGACUGGAUCAGAAGCAUACCUCAGAUGUCCAUGCUGACACAUUUGUAAAGGUACUCUUGUAUGAAGUGGCAAGUUAGCCCCUCAGGGAAAUUUCUAAGCGAUUGCCUGUCCCUAUUUCACACACACAAAAAAAGCAAAACAAAGUGCAUCUCAUACUUACCAUCUAACCAUAUACCAUCGAUCUUGGUUUUGUCAGUGGGCAAGACCACUCAUAAAAGAUGUUAUGAAGACUGGAAAUUUAUGUCAGAAACCUGUCUCUGUACACCAAACCUCCCUGUUAACUAUCAUGUAAAUAGUGUUUAUAGGCUGUUUUGUAGGUGAAUAUUUUAAUAAUAAAAAUGUUAAAAUGUGAA